AUCGCUCAUUUUAUUUCCCUUUUUGCUUUUUUCCUCUCCCAUCCUUCGUGCAUAAGCAUCCUGGGUUUAUCCGACCCUUUGAUCGACUCUAUACAAUCUUAUUUCCAACAUGGUGUGAUGCGCCUAUCGACUUUCUCUCUUUCAGGGCCAUACUCAUUUUAUUUAGUUUAGCCUACCAGGAGCCAGGAACUCACUUUCAUCGCGGUUUCAGGAUGCAGUCGAUGCAGAGGCAGUUUGGCAAACUCUGGAACAAAUGUCCGGGAGACAAUGCCAAAGUCGCGGUUCUGCUUAAGGAUUACGAGGAUGCCGACGCGGUUCUCGCCCAGCUCAUUGAGAACGCGAGAAUGUGGAGGGACUCCUGGGCUGCCAUCGCCAGCACCCAAUUGCAAGUUGUUGCUGAAUACGAAGCUCUCUACGAUCCUGUUGUCGGUGCUGCCGAUGGCCAAACCGCACGCGAAACCGUCCAGACUCCGGAGCUCCAAUUGCAGCGCACAUUCAGCCUUAGGAAGGCGUACACGGACCUGAAGGCGGAACUGGCAGAGGAGAUUACUCUAAUUGAGGGCCACGUGUUGAAACCGGCGACCGGUGCCCGAGACUGCAUUGCCCCCAUCCGCAAGACCAUGAAGAAACGCGAGGACAGGAGAUUGGACUACGAGAAGUCACAGGAUAAGGCAGAGAAGCUCCGGAGAAAACCAGGUCGAACCCCCAAAGAGGACGCUGCCUUGGCAAAAGCUGACGCCGAGUUUUCACGGGCUUCUGAUGAAUUCAGGAUUGCUGAUGAGCACUUGAGAGCGACUUUGCCGCCCAUCAUCAGGGCGUCAUUCGACCUGGUCCCCCCUUUGCUCUCCAACCUCAUCCUGAUCCAAAACAGGCUCCUUGGCCUGUAUUACACGGCGUUGCACGGUUACUGUGAGGAGUUUGGGUUUCCGUCACCGCCUCCCCCAAUGGAAGACGUUAUUGCCACCUGGAACGGAGCAUUCAGUCCAAUUCGCAGCCACGUCGAGUCCGUUUGCUUCUUGGCUCGCGGCAAAGCAGUCAGACCAUCCAUGAGCACCGGAAACCUGGCGGCUUCAAACUCGAAUGCCUUUAUGGGCGGAGUCCGUCGCACCACCUCAGGCCUCAUACCCGGUCCCAAGCCACGGACGCUCCGAGCCCCGUCUGGCCCGGUUGAGGACCACACCCCGGCCCCGUCCCCAUCCUACAACCGACCUGAUUACUCCAAUGCCACAGAGUUCACGACGGCCACGAUUCUCAGCGGGGCACCAGUAAACCGCCCCAGCGGCACACUGACGCAACGAGAAUAUUUCAACGCAGUUGAACCUGCUGCACCAUCGGCCCGUGCCCAGUUUACCAACGGACUCGGGAAGAAAAAGCCGCCGCCCCCGCCCCCCCCUAAGCGUGUCGCGACGACCAAGCCCGACCAGUGGGUCGUCGCGCAGUAUCCCUUCACGGGCCAAGGGGUUAGCGACCUUUCCUUUGGCGAGGGGGCUCGGAUCAGGGUGGUCAAGAGGACCGAGACAGACCAAGAUUGGUGGGUCGGCGAGUUGGAAGGAGUCACCGGCAACUUCCCAGCUAACUAUUGUAAGCCGGUUGCAUAAGCAAAAGUCGACUCCCUCCUUUCGUUGGUAUGAAGGAGAUUUAGACUCUGGUAUUUCGGCUUGAGGGGGA